AUGGCCAGACAGGCAUCAAGAGGAGCAAUAAGCGCUCGCUCAGAGCGGGGACGGAACACUCGGGGAGAGCGGAGCGGAAGCGAAUCUUCAAGAGGAGCACACCAGUCUCCGGAAGAGAGCGACAACGAAGACAGAAGAAGUGGCGGAGAGUGGGGGCAAGCCGAGAUCACGGAAAUCCGUGAGAAGCUAGAAGCCAUAGCUCUGACAACGACGACGAGCUCGAACGAACUGCGAGAGCUUCAAAAAAAGCAGCAGCAGUUGGCAGCGACGUUAAAAUCUGAGGUGAAAAAAACGAACAGGUGGUCGUCGCGAUCAACGCGCUCACGAAGGCGAUCGUCGGUUUGACAAACUCGAUGGGGAGAAAGAUGGAGGAGAUGGAGCAGGCGUGCAAGGAAUCAACCAAAGCGACCGACUUCCAGGCGGACGCGGCGAAGCACCUGGAGUCAAGAGUUCGGGCAGCGAUUGCACAACUCGAGAGCACCCACAGCCUGGUGGUAGCCAGAGUCUUCCAAACGAAGACUACGCUCGGGAGCUCGCUCUUGCAUCCGGGAGAACCUACGAGGAAGAGAACAGCGGUCUGGGACAUAAAGACCCCAGGCCCGCGAUGCUGCUUCUGCAACGGAGGGCAUAUCAGCGAGAAAUGCGAGAUCUACCCAGAUUGGGAGACACGCCAGCAACAGCUUCGGAGAAAGGAGCUGUGCGACAGGUGCACCCGAGCAGCGGCCCACGCGAAAUGCGAGAAGGCAAGGAGACGGUGCCAGUACUGCAAGGCCGUACAUCACAACGCGUUGUGCAGGCAGAAAUUCCCAGUGAGUGAGAAGAAAAAAUGAGGGGAGAAACGGAAAUGAGAACUGUACGAUUACAGACCACGGCUGUCACCCAAGGUGCCCGAGGUGAGAUGGAGUCGCCGAAACCAGAUGCGCUGGCGACGGAUCCGUACCCGGGAAAACAGAGAGCGGCCGGAAAAAUCCAGGUGAGAGGAGUGAAAAGAGGGGGACGGCCUGAGAGAGAACUGUAACCUUACAGCUAAUCAACCCGGUUCACCUGUUGAAAAUGGGAGACGCGGACAUGGAAACGGAGGAGCAGGCUGGGCCGGAGGAGCAGGCUGGGCCGGAGGAGCAGGCUGGGCCGGAGGAGCAGGCUGGGCGAGAGGAGCCAGUGAAAGAAGCGCGAGCCGGCAACGAGGAGUGA